AUGCUGGAGAAAAUGGGAUGGAAGCCGGGUUGUGGAUUGGGCAAGUAUGAGCAAGGAAUUACCAAGAAUUUACGACCGAAGGCAAACGUUUCAACGAGAGGCUUAGGAUGUACUGAAAGAAGCGAUGAAGUUUUGAUUGCCCAUCAUGACAGCUUUGCAGCUAUUUUGGCUGAUUUAAAUGAAAAGAAAGAAAAGUCAAAAGUUAAGGAAGUCAACAAAAGUUUGAAUAAAGUACAAUCAGAAAUAAUUCUGAAUGAGCACAGAAGCGACGGAUAUAGCGCAAAAAUGUCAGAAAAAGAUAAGUGUGCUAUUUUUGGUAGGAGAUCAGCGAAGAGAACUGAUAAUAAAAACAUUAAAGAGAAAGAUGAAGUUAAAUCGGAACCAUUAUCUGGAAACAUAACUAUAAACAAGAUUUCGAUUAACGAUUAUUUUGCCGAAAAAAUGCUAGAAUUGAACAAAAGGCGGAAAUUUUGA